UGCCCGGUAGGCCACUGAUACAGUAGUCACACAGCAAAUACACGAUUUCGCGGCGGGACCCGCGAAUCAUCAUCCAUUUGCUUCAAACUUCUCCCUUUGGUAUCACAAAGGACAUAUUUAUUCCAUAGUUAUCAUCGUGAAAAGGAAUGUUGCAUCAAAUCACACUUAUAACCCUUCUGCUGGGUCUAUACGGAGUAUUGUCACCCACUUUCGCCGCUGAAGAGACCGCAGAGUUACAAGACGAACAUUCUUCAUCGGCUUGUCCUCCCGGAUAUUGGUGCAAGAAAAAACGCGAGUUUGAUUCUGCUUCGUGCCCUAGAGGUUUUUUAUGCCGGUCAGCACGAAGUGCUGAAGCUUGUCCCCCAGGGUAUUGGUGCCGAAGAAGCGAGCUAGUGGUAGAUCAACCGACUCAGCCAGAGGAAUGUCAAGACGGUUUUUGGUGCAAGGAAGUUGAAACCAGUCAGCCUCGCUCCAUGUUUUCGUUCAGGGCUUGUCCACCAGGGUACUGGUGCCGAAGAAAGCGGUCAAUCGAUUUUCUCUCAAAACGAAGCUGCCCGCGUGAUUUCACUUGCGCUGAAACGCAAGAAGAAGAUUCCGCAGCCUGCCCUCCAGGGUACUGGUGUAAAAAGAAGAGAAACAUCAUUCAUUCUGCCACCAAGGAAAACGAAUGCCGUCGGGGAUUCUGGUGCAAGAGGGAAGCAGAAUCCUCUUAAUAUUUUCCAAGACUGUCGAUCUCGAAAAAUUGCAGCCGUUUCCGUAAAGGUUAAAAUGCGAAUUUAGUAAAUUAUUUAAUGUAGUAAUCAGAGAUCUACAUGCAAUUAAUUGUAUUCAAGAAUGGAUAUGUCUGUAAAUAAACAACCUAUUCCAAUGAUCGAGAUGGAAAAGAGAUUUACGCUCAAAUAAAAUUUAUGAAAUUUCUCUGGAAAGAAAAAUAUCAGGGUAUUAAAUCAGAGGUCAAGUGGCUUUCUUUCAGAAUGCAAUUAAGAGUUUGUUUUUCCAUUUGGUAAUUGAAAUUAAACAAUCGAAAUAAAAGAGGAA